UACUUUGAUUUUAACAAUUACAUUAAAGUAAAAAAUAAAUUAAAUAAAUGUAAUUAUGAUUAUAAAAAUGAAGAUCGUUUUAGUAAGAUAAUUUCUAGAUUAACUGAACAUAAAUCUGUAAAUUGGGAGGAUAAAAUUUUUGCAUGUUUACACCACUAUUUAACGUACAAUAAUGGUUUUAUGCCUUUUGGUGUCGGUGAUUACUGUAGAUAUAUUAACUUUUGGUUAAAUGGGGAUGUCAUAUCAAAGUAUCAAAAAUACCAACAUGAUUUUAACAUUUUCAAGGAUUUUGUGCAUAACUAUGUAUUUGUACAUCAGGGAAAUUAUGAUGAUUCAUGCUAUGAGUAUAUAAAUAAAAUGGAAAUUGCUGAUUAUAAUAGAAUGAAAUACUUAUAUGAAUUUUAUGAGUUUUAUGAUGAACUCAGAUCCUCCUCUCAUUGGAAGGAAGAAACAUGCGAAAAACUUUCAUCCAAUUCAUUCUUUUAUAAUAGAGAUAUAGAUGAAUAUUAUGAGAAGCACAGCGACUUAUAUGAUAAAAUAAGUCAUGUUAAAGAUUUAAUUGAAACUUUAUUAAAGACACGUGAUAUAAAAUGUGAAAAUAGUGUAUAUUUCGGAACACCACGAAAAGUUUUGGAAUAUGAGAGGCAAAGAAAACAACAAGAAGAAGCGGAGAGACAAAGACAAGAACAAAUUCAAAAAGAAUUAGGAUUUAAUAACAGAGGGAAGAAAAUGCAUACAACCACUGAUGCAAAAAGAGAAGAAUUACACCAAGGAAAACUACGAUUGUCACUAGAACAAGAAAAUUCAAGAGAAACAGUAAAUUUAGGGGUACAAGAUCCUUCAAAAGUAUUAACAUAUGGAAGGGGAUCAGAUAAUUCAGGAGGAGUGGUACAUUCAAAUAAACCAGCAUUACGAAAAUCAGAUGAGGAUGAAUUAGAAAUAAGAGUUCAUAAACCAAAAAAUGAAGACACAAGCACAGAUGGUUCAUUUUUAGGAUCAUCAAGAUUACCAGGUGUUAUUACUGAAUUAUUGGUGUAUCUGGAGGGAUGGGUGCCUUAUUCUUACUUCUUAGGGUAUUCAAAGUUUUAA